UCUGCAUGCAUGUGGGCUUUUAUCAUGUAUGUUUUUGUUAUUACAUCUUUUCUUAUUUCUGUUUUGAAGAAUUUACAAGUUUUGCUUUUGCACUAGUUUCCUUUCACUCUCUUUUCUUGUUUCUUCAUUUAUCCACCUAUUCUUUCUCCCUUGUCUUUUCUUGUGUAAAUGUUAGAGAUCUUACAUGGGUUUUCGUCAAUUUUCUUCUGGCUUGCAAAAACUGGAAAGAGCCAGUAGAAGUUUUUAGGCUUUUGAACAAGAUCUCUAUCUUUUCUUGUGGCUGAUGCAUAUGUAGAUAAUCCUGAGUAACACUAGAGUUGAUUUGGAUGUUGAUAAGGAUUACUGUUUCUGGAAAAUUGUUGGUUGCCUGAGAAGGAUGCCAAACCAGCUAUGGUUUGCACUGCUAAUGAUUUAUCAUCAUGGAAAGAUUUUCCAAAGGGCCUUAGGGUCCUCCUCCUUGAUGAAGAUAGCAAUUCUGCUGGAGAAAUAAAAUCGAAACUUGAAGCGAUGGAUUAUAUUGUUUCUGUGUUCUGUGAUGAGAAUGAAGCUCUGUCAGCAAUUUCAAAGAAACCUGAAAGUUUCCAUGUUGCUAUUGUAGAGGUGAGUACAAACAGUAACAAUGGGAGCUUCAAGUUCCUCGAAACUGCCAAGGACUUGCCUACCAUCAUGAUUUCCGACAUUCAUUGCCUGAACACCAUGAUGAAGUGCAUAGCGCAUGGUGCUGUUGAGUUCCUUCCGAAACCUCUCUCUGAAGACAAAUUGAGAAAUAUAUGGCAGCAUGUGGUUCAUAAGGCAUUUAGUGCCAGUGGAAAUGUCCUCUCUGAAUCACUUAAGCCUGUCAAAGAUUCUCUAACUUCCAUGCUUCAGCUCAAGGUAGAAACCGAAGAGCCCAAGAAUGAGAAUUUAGAGAGCAUAGAAGAUGUGUCUCCAGCUCAUGAAAAUGAUCAUGUGCAGUCACCAGGUAUUGAUAAGUAUCCGGCUCCUUCAACCCCACAAUUAAAACAGGGAGCACGGUUACUUGAUGAUGGGGAUUGCCAAGAUCAUACUACUUGCUCAACAGAAAAAGAGAGUGGGGAGCAAGAGGGGGAAUCUAAAUCUGUCGAAACUACUUGUGCAAUGACUGAAGUAACUCUGCAGGUGGACCAUCCUCAGAGCUUAAGUGAGACUAUCAUCAAAGAGGAGGAUGACUCUGCUGAUGGUGUCAAGAAUGAGAGUAAUGCAUCUAGUCAUCCGCAAAAUAAAGAGAGUCUCAACAGUCCUGACGGCAGUGCUGAAAACCCAAUUAAAGCUUCGAGCCAUCAUAAUUCCUAUGGGACUAGAGCUAAUCGAAAGAAAAUGAAGGUAGACUGGACGCCUGAGCUGCACAAAAAAUUUGUGCAUGCAGUGGAGCAGCUAGGCGUAGAUCAAGCCAUUCCUUCAAGAAUACUAGAGGUAAUGAAAGUGGAAGGCUUGACAAGGCAUAAUGUUGCCAGUCAUCUUCAGAAGUAUCGAAUGCAUAGAAGGCAUAUUCUGCCCAAGGAAGAUGAUCGGAGAUGGCAACAACAAAGAGAGCAAAUACAAAGGAGUUAUUAUCCACAUAAACCUAUCAUGGCCUAUCCUCCGUAUCACCACUCCAAUCAUAAUUUCCCACUCAGUCCAGUGUAUCCUGUAUGGGGAGCAGCUGGUACUCACCCAGCUGGUGUCCAAAUGUGGGGAUCACCAGGCUAUAACCCAUGGCCACCAGCAGAGAGUUGGCACUGGAAUCCGUAUACAGGGAUGCAUGCAGACGCAUGGGGUUGCCCUGUCAUGCCACCAACUCACACUCCUUAUUCUUCAUCACCUCAAAAUGCUCCUGGGUUUCACAGUUUUGAAACUGUCAGUAACGGCUGCAGAACACCACAGAAUUUGUAUGAGCUACAUCCGACAGAGGAGGUAAUUGAUAAUGUAGUGAAAGAGGCAAUCAACAAGCCUUGGUUGCCAUUGCCAUUAGGUCUGAAGCCUCCUUCUACUGAAACUGUCCUGGCUGAACUCUCCAGACAAGGUAUCUCCAGAAUUCCUCCUGAAAAUCAACGGCUCUGAUUCCUUCUAAUGCUAUCAUGUCUGGUACAUCAAUGCUGAUACAGUUUAACCCACUUGGGUGAUGGACCAUCAGAAGCCAGACAGCCAAAUCAGACAGAUACGUAAUCAUCGUCAUCAUCCAUCAAUAAAUGGGUGGGACCCAAUUUGUGGAAUGAAGACACAAACAAAAACCCAGAAAAAAGUCCAGUGAUGACUCAACAGGAAUGGCUAGCAGGAGGCCACGUAGGUGCAUUAUACCUCCCGUGUGAAAUUUGUGGUUGUAAAUAGAGUCUAACUGAGGGACAUUUUGUUAAAAUGUUGUACGUUUUGGUCUUUUAGUUAUUUUAUUUAGAGCUUUUUUUUAUGGAAGAUCGGUGGGAAAGCGGUGGUAGUGGUGGGGCCAUUUUCUUGUAGUGCUGGGUGGGGCCUGAAUGUGGGGAUCACCGUCGAUUAAGGGGAGGGGACUCUGGAGAUAAUGUGGGGUGGUGUAACCGGGAGGGACUUUGUGAAUAAAGUUGACACUUGACAGAAUAUUGACGGAUGCUGACGUGUUUUCUAUCCAUAAUUUUUAUUUAUUAUUUCUAUUUUUAUUACUA